GCCUCCCGCCGCCGCACUCUGCCAGCCCCGAAGCCGCCGCUCAGACUUCGCGCAGCCAUGGCCCGGGCGCCCGCGCUCGCCCCGCUCCUGCCCCCGCUCCUGCUUCUGCUCACGCAGCUCCUGGCAGCCACUGGGGCACAGAAAGUGGGACUCCCAGGCCCCCCCGGCCCCCAAGGGCCACCCGGAAAGCCCGGCCAGGAUGGCAUCGAUGGAGAAGCCGGUCCUCCAGGUCUGCCCGGGCCCCCGGGACCAAAGGGGGCCCCAGGAAAGCCGGGGAAGCCAGGAGAGGCCGGGCUGCCGGGACUGUCGGGUGUGGACGGUCUGACCGGGAGAGAUGGACCCCCUGGACCCAAGGGUGCCCCUGGGGAACGGGGAAGCCUGGGACCCCCGGGGCCACCCGGGCUGGGGGGCAAAGGCCUCCCUGGACCCCCCGGAGAGGCAGGAGUGAGUGGCCCCCCAGGUGGGAUCGGCCUCCGAGGCCCCCCGGGACCUUCUGGGCUCCCCGGCCUCCCUGGCCCCCCAGGACCUCCCGGGCCCCCUGGACACCCAGGAGUCCUCCCUGAAGGCGCUGCUGACCUCCAGUGCCCGAGUAUCUGCCCGCCAGGCCCCCCAGGGCCCCCAGGAAUGCCAGGGUUCAAGGGACCCACUGGCUACAAAGGCGAACAGGGGGAAGUAGGCAAGGAUGGAGAGAAGGGUGACCCUGGUCCCCCUGGGCCUGCCGGCCUCCCGGGCAGCGUGGGGCUGCAGGGCCCCCGGGGAUUACGAGGACUGCCAGGGCCGCUCGGGCCCCCUGGGGACCGGGGUCCCGUCGGGUUCCGAGGGCCGCCUGGGAUCCCAGGAGCACCCGGGAAGGCGGGUGACCGAGGCGAGAGGGGCCCAGAAGGGUUCCGUGGCCCCAAGGGUGACCUCGGCAGACCUGGUCCCAAGGGAACCCCCGGAGUGGCCGGGCCAAGUGGAGAGCCGGGCAUGCCAGGCAAGGACGGCCGGAAUGGCGUGCCAGGACUUGAUGGCCAGAAGGGAGAGGCUGGUCGCAGCGGUGCUCCGGGAGAGAAGGGCCCCAACGGGUUGCCAGGCCUCCCCGGACGAACAGGCUCCAAAGGCGAGAAGGGAGAACGGGGCAGAGCUGGGGAGCUGGGUGAGGCUGGCCCCUCCGGAGAGCCUGGUGUCCCUGGAGAUGCUGGCAUGCCCGGGGAACGCGGCGAGGCUGGCCACAGGGGCUCAGCGGGGGCCCUUGGCCCACAAGGCCCUCCCGGAGCCCCUGGUGUCCGAGGCUUCCAGGGCCGGAAGGGCAGCAUGGGAGACCCUGGCCUUCCAGGCCCCCAGGGCCUCCGGGGUGACAUGGGCGACCGGGGUCCUGGAGGUGCUGCAGGACCUAAGGGAGACCAGGGCAUUGCAGGUUCCGACGGUCUUCCUGGGGAUAAAGGAGAACAGGGUCCUAGCGGCCUGGUUGGACCCAAAGGAGAGUCUGGCAGUCGAGGGGAACUGGGCCCCAAAGGCAUCCAGGGUCCCAAUGGUACCAGCGGUGUUGAGGGUGUCCCUGGCCCCCCUGGUCCUCUGGGCCUCCAGGGCAUCCAGGGUGUUCCUGGCAUCACAGGAAAGCCGGGCGUUCCGGGGAAGGAGGCCAGCGAGCAGCGCAUCAGGGAGCUGUGUGGGGGGAUGAUCAGUGAACAAAUUGCACAGUUAGCCGCUCACCUAAGGAAGCCUUUGGCACCGGGAUCCAUUGGCCGGCCCGGUCCAGCUGGCCCCCCUGGGCCCCCAGGGCCUCCGGGCUCCAUUGGUCACCCUGGCGCUCGAGGACCCCCCGGAUACCGUGGUCCCACUGGGGAGCUGGGAGACCCCGGGCCCAGAGGUGAGUGGCUGACCCCACAACACGGUGACCCUGCUAUAAAAAUCCAUGGGGCCAACCUGCUGUGGGUGCCGGGUGUGGGGCGUGCCGUGCGUCCUCCGUGGUAACUCCGGGAAGGUGGGCCCCUCGUGUUUUGGGGCCUAGCACAGUUAACUCCUUAGUAAUCCUGUGGGAACUGGAACAUUUUUAAAAAUCUGAUGUUUUUCUCAAAUACCAUCAGAAAAGUAUUUGGCAGGGAGGGGUUGAUUAAAAAUGU